GAACAAUCUACUUCAUUCAAGAUGGUUCAAAAAUCAGAAACCGUUCGUCCGGCAUUUGCAGGCCGCGAGCGCCCUUUGCUUUCCUAUGGGAUUGAUUUUCCCGCCGCUGCAGCCCGCCAUGUUCCGGAGACAUUUAAAGCCUCUCGGGUGUAUGUGAUCUGUUCGGGAUCACUGUCGCGUAACACUGAUGCGCUCGACCGUCUGAAAGAUGCAUUGGGCUCUGAAAAUGUCGUGGGGUGCCGAGUAGGAAUGCAGAGCCACACACUGUGGUCGGAGGUGCUUGAAAUUGUCGACGAUGCACGAAAUGUGCAUGCGGAUCUGCUCCUUACACUUGGAGCUGGCAGUCUGACUGAUGGCGCAAAGAUUAUUGCUCUAGCUCUGGCAAACCAAGUGCAUACCGCUGAGGAACUCGAAACCUUGGCUGAAGGCCCCAAUAAGCGUAAUCAGAUAAAUGCCCCCACGAUCCCUAUCAUCUCGAUCCCGACAUCGCUCUCAGCUGGGGAGUACUCUAACUUCGCCGGUGGCACGGAUGACCGAUCGCGCCGCAAGUUUAGCUUUCAGGCACCUCUACGCGGUCCGCAGCUCGUCAUUCUGGAUCCAAAGUUGGCGCAAAAAACGCCCGAUUCGAUAUGGCUCAGCACAGGAGUCCGUGCUGUCGAUCAUUGUGUCGAGACACUCUGCGCAAUUGUCGGUGUAACGCCGGAAUCAGAUGAGUUGGCUCAAAAGGCACUGGGCUUGCUGGUUCCAGGUUUACUGCAGUGCAAACAAAACCGCGCAAAUGAUGAUGCCCACCUCCAGUGUCAACUUGGUUCGGUAGACGCAAUGGCAGCGUGCACAAGUGGUUCGGUAGAACUUGGAGCUAGUCAUGGUAUUGGUCACCAGCUCGGUCCAUUAGGUGUUGGUCAUGGCGAGACUAGCUGCAUCCUUCUACCUGCCGUGUGCAAAUUCAACGCUACACAUAAUGCCAAUCGAGAACGCCAAGCGAGCGUGCGUGAAUUUUUAAUCCGCGAUCCUGUUGUUCUGGAGGUGCUUCAAACUCGCUCAGUUGGUGGUGUAGAAAAGCUGGACUUGGGGGAUAUCCUGGAUGCUAUCUUUCGUGAACUAGGAAUGCCGCGGUCCCUGAGCGAGGUGCGAGUUGGCCGAGAUAAACUUGACGGACUGGCGGCGCACAGUUUACACGAUCGGUGGUGUCAAUCAAACCCAGUGCCUCUGAAGGAAAAGUCACAGGUGCUGGAAAUCCUCGAGAUGGUUGUCUAA